UUAAAGAAGAAUUAACAAUGUCAAAUCAUCCUUAAUCAUAAUAACCAUAACAAUAAGCUUAAGUUCCUUAACCAUAAACAAGAAAAGUAGCUCCCACAUAUCCAAAUGCAGUGUUACCACCACCAACAUAUUAUCCAGCCUCUCCAGUUAGACAAUCAUAUGUAGCUCCAAUCUAAUAUGCACCAGUGGCUUAAAUGUCUGUUGCUCCAAUAGCUUCUGUUCCUGUCUAAUAAUAUGCUGUUGCUCCAGUUGCUCCAAAUGCUUAAGUAAAUUUUGAAAUUAUAUUAAGCAUUAAUCAAUCAAAGGAGAAUCAAGAAUUGAAUAUGUACCAUAUUAAAAAGCUGUUAUUGAAUAUGAAGAAUAAGAAAUAGUGUCCUAUGUUCCAAGAGAAACUAAAGUAACUGAUUAUUAUGCUGUUGAAUAUUAAACAGAAUAUAUCCCCUAAGUUUUCUAAGAAAAAUAUACCGGUAAUUUUAAUAAAUAUUUUUUAGAGUAUGUACCUGUUGAUAGAUAUUAAGAAAGAGUAGAAUAUUACCCAGUAGAAAGAUAAGUUGUACAUUAAUAACCUACUUAAUAUGUGUAAUAAGCAGUCUCUGUAGUUUAAUAACCAUAUAUUCAAUAAUCAGUUUAAUAUGCUCAACAACCAGUUUAAUAUGUACAAUAACCAGUUUAAUAUGUACAAUAACCAGUUUAAUAUGUCUAAUAACCUCUAAUUGCAUCUAGAAUGGUCCCACAAUUUGCUUAACCAUUUUAAUAGUAUCCUCCUGUACCUCCUCCUAGACCAUAAUAACCCUAAUAACAAUAAUAAUAACCAUAAUCCCAUCAACCCUCAAAUUAACCAUCCUAACAACCAUAAUAAGUCCCAUCUCAAUAACCAAGAUCACAACAUAGCUAACAAUAACAGUCAUAAUAACCAUGA